UUUCCUGUGCUUUCCGUGGACGUUGUUCUUGACUUGACAUCUCUCCCGCGACUAUGCCACUUUUGAUGGUCUGCACAGCUCUGAGGCAUUCUCGUCCGCUCGCUUCCCGCGAAGCAUGAGGCUUGUGGUUCUUUGGAUCUCCUGGAUGUGGCUUUAUGAUUCCUAUAAGAGCCUCAUCAGCGGCCAAACGUGCUUCAAACACGAGUAGCUAGUUUCACCAGUCCGCUGAUCAUUCCAUGGCGUUUAGCUUCCAGUCAUCCUCGUUUAUUUCACUGGUCAUCGAAGGAGUGCUCUAUGGAUUUGUGACCUUACAAGGACCAGAAGAGGGCGCAUAUCUUGCCGAUUCGUCUGAUGUUUACUCGACUAUCAAGGCUGUCUCUUAUAUCUUGGAGUCAAUCAUAGGCGAUGCCAUCCUGGUGAACUUGCUUGACGUCAAACUCGCAACAAGGAUUAACGUUAUGAACGCUUUAGAUUUACCGGUGUUACCGGGUAAUCCAUCUUCUCGUUCAAACUGGGGAGCUGCUGAGGGAUUUGACAGCUCUCGGGACAAGCGGAACCGGGUGGAUGGAGGGAUCGUACGCAAGCUGGGUAUUUGCGGCGUAUGCCUUUUUGCUUGUCACCGAUUUGGUCCCUACUUGUUUGUGAAGUUCUUCUUGUUCUUCUUCGGCGUUGCUGAUGGACUUUUCGAAGGCCUUCUGAGUUAUAAACUAUGGAAGACAAGGCGCUCAUCCGCUCGACAUGUUCUUAUCCCUCUCAUUCACAUCAUUCUUGAAUGCGGCAUUAUCUAUUCUCUAUCGCUGAUAACAUUCAUGGUCGUAAUCGCUUUCAACAGCUACGCUUCCUAUGUCGUGUUCAACUUCUUAUUGGCCCAACAUGACGUUGUUAACAGAUGGGGCAAAUUGCCCCUAUUACUUUCUACUUGA